AUGGCGGCCAACUUUAUCGGAGCGCUGAUCAGCCUCACCUCCAAAUCGGAGGUGCGUUACCAAGGCAGAUUAGCCUCUCUAUCUUCCGAAGAAGCGACCAUCUCGUUGGAACAAGUGAAAGCCUGCGGAACAGAGGGUCGAUUGGCCGCUCAAGGUAGGCCUCAGGAUGAGAUGCCAGCUUCGGAUGGAACGUACGAGUUCAUCGUCUUUAGAGCGGCAGAUGUCAAGGACUUGAGAAUCGACGAUCCUAACCCCAUCAAGGCUCAACCUGAUGCUCCUCCCGCUUUUGUCGAUCCUGCAAUUCAAAGUGUGAGUGGGGUUGAGGCGCAGUAUGCACAGUUUGAGAUGGCUCAUGCUUCCGGGUGGUGGGGGGAUGAGGAUGAGCCCUUGGGUGUGGUAGCAGACCAUGCUCGAUGGGUUACGCGAGGCUGACUCACGCUUCGUUCUAUCCGCAGUCAUCUCAACGACCGCCAGCGCCACAGCAGGCACCCGCUGCUAAUGCUACCACUGCGCCGACAUCCGCACCCAAAGCGACAAUUGCUCCAGCCGCUGCUCCCGUACGCAUGCCCGCCGUCACAUCUGCUGCCCCAGCAAUCGCUACGACAACCAAUGGACUCGCUUCGUCCAUGGCCAACCUCUCAGUGAGUUCUGCAGCUCGAGACGGAUCGGAUGCCCCGGCAUCUGCUGCUUCCAAGCCAAGCACGACGGGUCGAACGGGUCUAGCGAGCGGGACGACGCCUUCCAAUCUGCCAGCCAUUCCCCACGCCGCAGCAGCCGCUGCUCGUCAACAACAAUCCGUCGAAGGUACGAAUGGGAAGAAUGCAGGGCGAGCCACUUCUCCGCGCAAUCAGAGAAAUGCACCUCGCGGAGGUGCAGGAGCAAGUGGUAGAUCGGUAUUCGACAACCGUUCGCCCAUCGCUGUACCGGAUGCGGAUUUCGACUUUGCAGCAGCCAAUGCCAAGUUUGAAAAGGAUCGAGCAGCUGCCGCAUUGUCCCCCAAGGUGGACAGUGUGGGACUUUUGACCGAUGGCGUCGGAGAUGGGAAUGAAAGGGGAGGAGGAGGAGGAUCACUAGACUCCAUCCCUCCACCUCCUGCAGAGCCAAAGAGCUUCUACGAUAAAUCUACCAGCUUCUUCGAUUCCAUCUCUAGCGAGGUCAAGGAGCGCUACGAAAGGGUUCCGGGUGCUGCGGGUGCAAGUGCGAGAAACGCUUCGUCCGGCACGGGAGAGAGCAGAGGCGGGGCUUAUGAAGGAGUCGGAGGCGGUAGAGGUAGGGGAGCAGCGAGAGCCAACAGAUUGGCAGAGGAGCGUCUGAAUCUGAGCACUUUUGGAGAAGUGGGCUCGGCGCCGAGGGGUGGAAGAGGUGGGAGGGGUGGAAGAGGAAGGGGAAGAGGUAGAGGUAGGGGACAAGGAAGAGGAAGAGGCGCGCCUUCUCCUGCCCAUUUUGCCUAG